UAACAGCUCGGCAACUCGUCAAACAAACAUAGGCAAUUGCAUUGCGCUUCUUCGGCAUCUAGAGACUACGAGGUAAUUCGGGUUUUAACUCACGUUUAUCUGAAGAGAAAGGUUUAGGAUCAAAUUCUUUCCAUGGGUGUGUAAUGCUGUGUUGACACAAGGCUUUCCUGUUCAAAGCUGCCCAAGGCAUCUGCGCAUUAACACCAUUUGUGUUUCAGAGAGAGGAUUAAGACAUCCUGAUCUUUUUGACCUCAUAGAAUCUAGACAAUAAAGCCUUUAGAGUAGGUCAGCCAUCCAGAUGUGGAUCAGAUUUAGUGGAGUUCAAGACAGAUUUAUUGACUCGAAGGCAGAAGUCCUUUAAAGCCCGUUAUUAAACCCGUAAUUAGGAAAAAAAAGCCCCGUUGAGAAAGGGUCACCAGAUGAACAACAGAUUUCUUGUGUCAUUUAGGAAUAUAAUGCAUUUUUUACACCUCAUUAUUUCUUAAAAUUAGAUCAGUUCUCAGUAGUACUAAUGAAGGAUGAAACGCAAGUCUUGUACGUGACUUUGAGCAAGUUGAACAAGGGAUGGAAGAAGAAGAAAGAAAGCGAGAGAGUGGAGUGACCCUCUUUUGAAUGAACCUCCCCCAGAACCUUUACUCUUGAAGAAAGGCUCACUAGAGUUCAUUCACCCUUGUGUGUGUGAGAGAGAGAGAGAGAGAGAGUGAGUGAGAGAGAGAGAGAGAGAGAGAGAUAUGCAACUCUUUGGCAUGAACCUCCCCCAGACCCUUUCUUCUUGGAGAAGGGUUCACUAGAGUUCAUUCACCUUGGUGUGGAUGUGCGAGAGAGACUGUAAUGUUUUCCCUCGCUGAGCGUACAGUCUGACUAAGAGGACUACAAACUAUUUCACAUAAGAACCUGUUUGUGAGCAGUUGCACAAGUCCAGACAUUCGAGGUUGUUGUUCUUUGGACACUUUCUUAACAUGAAUGUGUCUGGUAUGGUAUUACUGGGAAGAAACUGUAAGCAUCUUGGUGGUGGGUUGGUGAAGGAGCACGGGGACGGUACAACAACAGGAUCAUUUUCAACCACAGUCUUUGCGAGUAGAGGAGAUGUUCCGAAAAGCUGGAGAAGGAAAAGGAAUUCCAGGAAAAAACUGCUCGUAUUCGGAAAGGGGGCACCCACGAGGGGCGUCAUCGUAAAUCUAAAUGCCACUUCAGGAGGGAGGGAGGUGUGACCGUCCUGCAGCAGAGACCACACUUCUACAUCUCUCCCCCUCCUCUUGACUUUCCUGCUUUUCUGAUUGGUUCAAGUCUAGCCUUGUAGACUCCCCCCUUUUCUUCAGCACACAAACAUUCUCCGAGUGUCUCCUCCCAUCCUGCACUGUUGUUUUCAAGGAAACCUGCAAGAUUUCUAAGCAAAGCUGUUGUUUUGGCUGCUUUUCUUGGUUCAUUUGAGUGCAGAACUCCAGUCCUGUUUCUCAACCUGCAGAAAUACCGCUUGGCCUUGCCUCUUUUCAAGGAAUCGUACUUUGAGUUCAGAACAUUUUUGAAGAGGGAUUUAUUAUCUACUCCCAAGAAGUUUUUUUUCCCUCCUUUGACACAUGGUUGAAGCCAUCACUUUGUAAAACUGUGCAGGACAUUCCUACUGUAAGUUUAUUCGUAGAGGAUUGCAAAGGAUCGUUGAUAAGUGGGAAGCCAGCGGGUAUUCUUUUUGAAAUUUGAUGGGCCAAGAUGCCGCAAAUCAAGGAAACGGCAAGUGAAGGAAACAUUCCCAUGUGGAGAGUAGGAUCUUCUGGAUGCGCCAAUGAAAUGUGAUCAGUUCUGCUUCUUCAGGCUUUUUGCAUACUGCUUCUGACCUUUCUUGUUGCCUGCAGAAAUCUUACCUCUUAAUUUGGGGAAAGGUGAAGAGGUGAGAAGUAUUUUUGAUAUGUUGAUAUGUUGUAAAGGCUUUGAAACGAUAAGUCUUGUCACUUUAAAAGAAGUUCUGGUGAAAGUUCAGUGUGGAUUUAUCUAUAGGAUUUCAACCUUCCUGGGUUGUGUUGCGGUUUCCUGAGGCAGGCUAGAGAACUGCUACUCCUGAACUUGAUGUGCAGGCUGGGUGAUGACGGAAGGCAUGUAACCAGAAGGCUGAGGAGGUUACUCGGAGCUACGCUGUACUCCAGAGCUUGGGCUUAGUCUCAACAAACCAACUAGGAAAAACUGUCCUCCAGGAAGAUAAAUCUUUGGCCUCUCUAAAGAAGCUGCCAUCAAAUCAACUGGGUUAACAGCUGUGGUGGACGACUCGUGUGAACUUUCUUUAUUUGAACUGACAGAAAAUGGUCAGCAUGGAGAGUGAGAUGGACUCGUUUUGUGACUGGGAGACGGUUCAGCACCCUGAAGGACCUCAGUAUUGUUGGACUCAGUGGGAAUGGGAGUUUGAGAGAGUUCCAGCAGUGUUAAGCCCCACGUAUAAGCAACGCAAUGAGGACUUCAGGAAACUCUUCAAGCAGCUACCUGACACCGAACGCCUCAUUGUGGACUACUCAUGUGCCCUGCAGAGAGACAUCCUCCUACAGGGUCGCCUCUACCUCUCUGAAAACUGGAUUUGCUUCUACAGCAACAUCUUCCGCUGGGAAACACUGCUAAUGGUGCGCCUGAAGGACAUCUGUUCCAUGACUAAAGAGAAGACGGCACGUCUCAUCCCCAAUGCCAUCCAGCUCUGUACCGACAACGAGAAGCACUUUUUUACCUCAUUUGGUGCACGGGACCGGACUUACAUGAUGAUGUUCCGUCUCUGGCAGAACGCUCUCCUGGACAAGCCGUUGUGUCCCAAAGAGCUGUGGCACUUUGUCCAUCAGUGCUACGGGAACGAGCUGGGCUUGACGAGUGAUGACGAGGAUUACGUGCCCCCGGAUGAUGACUUUAACACCAUGGGCUGUUGCCCCCCUCCCUGGUGCAGGUACUGUGAGGAGAUUCCACCCGAGGAGAACGAGGCCCAGGACACAUGCACCAAAACCCCAGAGGUCAAAAUGGACACGAGUCCGCAGUUGCCCAAGAAAUCCUUCACCAGCAAUAAUCUCCCUUCAACGGGCAGCGGUGAAACACCUUGCCAUUAUGAUGUUCCACCAGAGGAAGAGUUUUCUGGCUGUCUUCCUGAAGAUCUCCUAAAUCUGCCUUUACCAGAUAGCAAGCUGCCCAUGCCCAGUGGUCCUGCACCCUCACCGUCGCUUGACUUCAACGAUAAUGAUCUUCCAACUGAUCUUCCGACUGAGCUCAGCGACUCAUCGGAUACUCACGACGAUGGAGAAGUCCAGGCCUUCUACGACGAUCUAAACGGGAAGCAGUACAUCAACGAGGUGUACAAGUUCGGCGUGGACAAGCUGUACGACCUCCUCUUCACCGAGUCACAGUUCAUGAGGGACUUCCUGCAGCUCCGCCGCUUCUCUGGCGUGGUGUAUCAUCCAUGGAAGAAGGAAGAGAUGGGAGACCAGAGCAGAGAGAUCAUGUACACCAUCUCCAUCACCAACCCCCUGGCUCCAAAAACCGCUACAGUCACUGAGACUCAGACUCUGUACAAAGCCAGCCAGGAGAGCGAGUGUUACAUUGUUGAUGCUGAAGUGAUCACUCAUGAUGUUCCUUAUCACGACUACUUCUACACGCUCAACCGCUACAUGCUGACCAGGGUGGCUAAGAACAAGUGCAGACUGAGGGUUUCCACCGAGCUGCGCUACAGAAAACAGCCUUGGGGUCUUGUCAAGGGCUUUAUAGAGAGAAACUUCUGGAGUGGCCUUGAUGAAUAUUUUAGACAUUUAGAGCUGGAGCUGAGUAAAGCGGAGGUCACGCUAAACGAACCCCACAGACCUUCUCCCAAAGCCAAAGCGACACGCUCGUCCACAGUGAGGCGACACCGGAAACGGGCGACGGCUCACCUGAGGCCGCAGCACCCGGACGAGGAGCUGAGCGCCGUCACCACGGCCGACGACAACGAGGUCAUCCAACGCAUUAAACACGUGCCAGGAUCCACACAGACGCGGCACUUCCCCGACCCGGCGGCCGGAGGCCUGGCGCUGUACAGCGUCUCCAAACUCCUGCUCAUCUUCAGCGUCGUUCUGGUGCUGCUGGUUUUCCUCAACAUGAUACUGUUCUAUAAGCUGUGGACGCUGGAGCAGACCACGCAGAGCUUAGCGUCGCUGCAGGGCCUCCGAGCUCGCGACAGUAAACUUCCCCAAACGCAGAUGGAGUGGGCCCAGCUUCUGGAGUCGCAGCAGCGUUACCAUGACGACGAGCUGGAGAAGUGGCAGGAGAUAAUCAAGUCGUCUGUGGUUUUGUUAGACGAGAUGAGAAGAUCUUUACUGAACCUGCAGAAGGGAAUCCGCGUGAGAGACGACGACUCCGCGGCCCAGGACAAACGGAUUCGAUACCACUGACGGACCUCGGGCCGACCGGACACGCGGUGCAAUAAGAACGGCGCGGAGGAACUUCAGAAGCCGUCUCGCUCCUCUCCUCUUCUCUCCUCUCCUGUCCAGCGCAGCUCGUUUGCAAAAAUGAACCGUUUGACCCCGAUCAUCCUGAUCUCCAGGGCCAAAAAUGACUCCCGAGUCGUUCGUUCGUUCGUUCGUUCGUUCAUUCAUUCAUUCAUUCAAGGACUCGUUUGAGGGUUAAACGCACACGCAGCCACAUCUCAGCUGCACCACCACCACAACUCUCGUUUUCUUUCCUUGUCUUUUUUUUUUCUGUUUAGUUUCGUGUCGUUUUUAAUUAAAAAAAAACAAAAAAAACGUUUAGGAGUCCGGGACCAGGUUAACCUUUGACCUAUUAUCUCUAAGCGUUACUUGCGAAUGUGCACAGAUAGGAGAAUGUAGAGCGCAUAUUACGAACACACACAGAUUUCUAAUUUAUAAGUAGAGCUAUAUUUGUUGCCAGAGCUACCUUUUUACCGAGGCUUCCAUGAUGGGGGGAAAAAAACUUAAAUCGGGGCUGGACCCCGGAGAGCUUGUGCCAUGGUGCUAAUUAUGCAGAAAUGUCCAUGUUACAGUUCCAGAUUAUUAUUUAUUUAUUUUUUUAAAGUUCUGUCUGUGUGUAGCGUAGCUCGUUUCUCUUCUCGGAACAUUGUGUUGCCUGUAAAAGUGAAAGGCCAAUCGUAUCGUCGUUAGCGGAAAACAGGAAGCGCGAUCAUUUUCCUCAGGCGCCGUUACUGUAUUUCAUUUUGCACAAAGCCAAAACUGCAUCAUUUGUCAUCUAUUGCUGUUCUUUUUUUUUUUUUUUAACACCGGACUGUUGCCAACUUUAUUUACACUCAACGUUCAUUCCACGUUUUUGCGUCACAGGAUCGGUCGUUCCUGAAAAUGUUGUUUUUAAGCUGUUUGUGUGGAGAUAUUUCUUGCGUUUUAUCGUAGCUUAGGAAAAUAAAUAAAUAAAUAAAUAAAUAAAUAAAUAAAUAAAUAAAUCGAACGGUAUUUUAUUUACCACGAAAGCAGCUAGCUAUCUGCCUCACGGUUCACUUCUAGGCAGCGCUUUGAUAUCUCUGAAGGUAACGAUAAGAAAACGCUUUUAAAACAUCCUCGGAAGGCAGCGAAACGUCGCCAUGUUGCUAGGUUACCGCCGUACGCGUAACCAUGACUAAUCCCGAACUCCGUUACCUAAUCCAUUGAUCAGAGUAUACCGUCGUGCGGAAAAUACAACCGGGGAGCGAAUAUUCAGGACUUACGCCAGCGAUUUCCGACUGGAAAUACUUCUCGAAUCUGAUCGAUCAGAAGGCGAUUCAUUUUCUAUACCAGCAGCUAGGAGAGUUCGUAACGCGUUAUCGUUUCCAUAGUAACAGCUCGUUCAAAGGGACGGUCAGGGAUGAAAAUAAACCCACGUGCGAUCAGUCGUCUCGGAUGGCGAACUAUUCCGCGAGGACACGUUUACAAUAUGCGACAUUUUACGGAAGGAGUCUCCAGUGUUCAAAAACUUCUAAGUGUAAAGCCGUAACGUUACGUUUUCGGACGUCUUCAGGACCGAGGAGUUUACGUUUUUGGGGUUUCUCGGUCACAUGACGAGCUGCUUUUUUUUUUUCUUUUUUUUUCCUCCAUUCAAUCCAAGAAGAAGAAGAAGAAAAAAAAAUAAGAGGCUGCUAAAACGAAACAGGAAAUGGUUAUCAUUCGUAGACGUUGAUAAACGGAGUAUCGGCACAUUAAUGGCGCAGAGCAACGACCGAGAUCGUUUCGUUUCCAUACUGCCUGCUAGAGCCGGGGAAGUAAAAGGAGUAAACUGUGGGGGAGAAAAAAAAACAACAACAACAACAACAACAACAAAAAAAACAAGAACAAUGACUAUAUGCUAGGUAGAACCGGAGAGUGAACGUUCCGGAGAGCAGAAAGUCACGGCCAAGCCGUCUGUUCAAGCCGCGCCUGGCGUUUUUAUUUACUUAUUUAUUUAUUUAUCGAACGAUUCCUUUUAUCCAAAGCCCUACAGCUGAGCCGUGUAGCGGUAAAAGCGUCGCUUUCUGGCAGCGCAGGGAUUUGAACCUACAACCUCUUGAUGACAACUUGAACCUGAGCCUUUUUAUACAAGCUGUGAAGAUAUCUCCAGAUCCUCAGAUCCGGUCUGACCAAUACGGACAAAUCUCAUUUCUAACACGCAGCUUGUCGGAGCGAACGGGCGAGCCGUUUAAUUAAUAAUAACCAGAGUACGAACGGGAGUCGAGUUUCUUUAGUUCUUUUUUUUUUUUUUUUGGUGGAGAGACAAUGCAGAGCUUCAUUAAUGCUACUGUGAUGUCCAUGUCUUUUAGAACUGGAGUGGCAUGUUUAUCAUGGAAAAGUUUGGGGACUACAUUUAUUUAUUUAGUUGAUUUCUUUAAAUCAUGCAAAGUUUCCACAAGAAAUAAUUGGAAGUACAGCUUCGGCGUUCAACCUCGCACCCUAGAGCCAUCUUUUUACUGUUUUAUAUCUACAGAUCCUCGUGAAGUGCUGCUCUUUAACUCCUCCGUCAAUCCCUGGUAAAUAAUUGGAGCAGCUCAAUAAGGAUCCAACCAUAGUGAACUCAUCGAGGGUGCGUGUUUGCGGUACUUUAUCAGGUCUUUGAAUAGUCAUGGCCGUGACUGUUAUGGUCCAGUUAUUGAUAGAGGAUUACAAUUUAAUAUCUCGCAACACGCCUCUGCGCAAAAUCGACAAAAAACAAAAAAAAAAAGUAUAAAUAAAAGCGAAUCGGUCAGUUUAUCAAAAGGAGAGCUGCUCAUGGAUGCCAAAUAUUAUCAGAACCCUCAUACUCUGGGUUCAACGCUAAACCCGAAUCCAGAACAAAUCCUGUUUGUUUUUGUUUUGCUCCUCCAUUCUUCCAAUCAUUCAUCCCAGAGUACGAAAGUAUUGAGACGUAACGACAAAACAAGUAUUAUGGCAUUGUAUUUCAAUUGCAAAUGUAUGUGCAUAAAAUCUUUAAUGUUUUUUUUAUUAUUAUUAUUAUUUUAAAUCGACAUAUAUCGGGCUGAAAUAUUUAUACUAAUAUUAUAAUGGAUGUACAUGUUGUAUAUGUAUAGUUACCGUGUAUAUGGAAAAAGGGCUCCAGCGUGUCGCUGGCCGAAAGCUGGCAGUCCCGAAAAAGAUACUUUCCAGAGUAAAAAAUCUCAUAGAUUUGUGUGAUCAACAAAUGGGCGGAAUGAAUAAAGGUAUUUAAGAGCA